GCAGCGGGCAGGAUUCAGCGGCAUUCGUCCUCCUCCCUCUUCCUCUUCCUCCUCCGCCCCCGCCUCCAGCUCCUCCUCCUCCUGCAGCUCCUCCUCCUCCUUCUCUUACUGCCUACAACUUCGUCAAUGUCUACUGGUUCGCAGGUCAACGUCGCAUCUCUCCCCAUCGACCAGCUUCAAGCGCUGAGGGAGCAGCUGCAGGAGGAAGAUCGUUUCCUGACGAACUCCUACUCCCAGUUGAAGAUCGCUCAGAACAAGUUUGUCGACUCUCGUGAGGCCCUCAAGGUCAUCACACCGGAGAACAUUGACAAGGACAUUCUCGUUCCGAUGACAUCGUCGCUGUAUGUCAAGGGAUCUCUGGCCAAGACGGACACUGUCCUUGUCGACAUUGGGACAGGUUAUUAUGUGGAGAAGACUCCAGAGGAAGCAGACGACUACUUGAAGCGCAAGAUUUCAUACCUUGGUGACAACUGUGAAAAGCUGGAAUCAAAUAUCUCUGAGAAGCGCAAGAACAUCGAGGCCGUCACGAUGGUAUUGCAGGCUCGGAUCAGGGCGAUGAACGAGCAAGCGCAGCCUGGUGCGAAGAGCUCGUAGGGAGUGAAGAGCAGAACUUUCAACGAUCAAUUAUCGACAUUCAUUGCUUCAUAAACAUUCUCGAGGAAUG